AUGAGAAGAUAAAAUAGCUUAUUCAAUGUAAGACUGCAUAUUGAUAGAAAUUUUAGUCCAUCUUCAUUAGAUGAUUCUAAAGAUGAACUUGAUAAUGAUUAAGAGUAGUGUAGAAAUCACCCUAGUGACUCUCUGAACACCUCAAUGGCUUUCAAAUCACUACAAUUUUAUCAAAUUCAAAAUGAUGAGGAAUAAAAUGGAAGCAAGCUUUCAAUUAACUAGUCAUAAAAGUAAAAAUCAUCACUCCAUAAACUUAAGAAAUACGUGCAGAAUUAAAACCAAUAAUUACCCCGAGGAAGAAAUACUAAGUUAUAGCAAACUAAAGAGCAAAAAGAUACAUUGAGUUUGAUUGAGGAAGUUUGCAGUAAAAUAAACUAAUCCUAUGAUUAGCGUAUGAAUUAUGAAAAUAGAUCUCUCUCCCAUCGUAAAUAUAAAAUAGCUAUCUAUACUGAAGAGAAUAGCUUUAAGGCUGAUUAAAGCCAACAGUAUCAGCAAUUAUAGAGUCUUCCAACUUUAAUUAAUGGCGAGACUCCUGUAUUCCAAGACAUACAGCUGAAUUCUUACAAUCCAGCUUUGAAAUUAUCUCAUAAAUCAAAAAUGGAUUAGCUUUAUAGACAAUUUAUCGAUAGUAAUCCUGAGUGUGAAACACUUUCAACCUGUAAGUCAGUUGAUAUGAAGGAGAAUUCUGCAACAAAAAAGAAAGAUCUAUCUAAUUACAAGAAGUGUGUAAGGCCAUCCAUAUAAUCAAUGCUUUCCUUGAAUACCAAUUCAACUUAAUCAUCUAAGUUUAAGUCAAACAAGUAGCUUUACAAUUCAAGAGAUUAUGGAGUACUCAUAAACAGAGAUAUAUAAGUCACUCAAAGUAUCAAUAGUUCUUUGCAGAAUAAUAUGAAAUGUGCAGCUUAAGUUUAAAGCAAGAAUUCUAGGAAUAAAUCAGAGCUGAGUAUUGCAGACCCUUUGAGACUCAGAACUAAACUUAAAAAUGAGAUUUAGCAAAUUCUAAAGGAACAGCAAGAACAACCUAUAGAAAAAUUGACCGAUCUCAUAUUAAACAAAAUGGCUGAAAUUGCUGACUCUGAAAUAUAAGAUUGA